AUGGACUUUGCCUUUCCGGAGUUUGUGCGGGCCUCCAACGACGCGGCCCCGCCGGCCCCACCGCAGAAGUCGCUGUGGCAACUGGUGAUGGAGUCCGGCCCAAACGACGUCAUACCAGAACGUUUUGUGCCACGACGUGCGACGGCCUACGACGCCGAGGACCACGACGGGAAGUGGGAGGCGCACUAUGGGAGGCGAGACGCGGACGCUGAGCAUGUGGCCGCGGCGGACGCCACCGGUUUGGCUGCCGGCACGAAUAGUACUGCCGCCGGGCUCACUUCGCGGAGCUCGUGGACCCCAGCCCCUUAUAUGAUCCAGCACCUCAUGUCCUCUGGGUUUGUGUCGCAGUUUGCGAUGAUGCACGGCGUGGAGUGCUCCGCACGCCUGCCCCCGCCCCCUUGUUUGCGGCUGCAGGACUUGCAACUUCCGCCGCUCGUGCUGUCGCGCCUCCGACGGAAUUUGUUUCUGCCGCGUGCCACGAAGCCGUCGAGGUCUGACGGUCUUCAGGCGUCGUCGCGGCCGAACCUGCGCGAGCUGCAGGAAAUUGUCCUGGGCGUCGGCGUCGUGCAGCCGCCAUGCGCUGAAGGCAGUGGGCCGACCAGCGACGAGGCCGCGAAGGGCGACGGCGACGAAGACGGUGUUCUGCGGGAUGCGGCGGGGACGCUGUCGGCGCUCCAGCAACUCGCCAUAACGUCUAUGCUGCUCGGCCACCACACCCUCAGCGUCGGCCCGCGAGGAACGGGGAAGAAGACGGCUGGUUUUUUGGCGACCGGGGCGCUGACGCUGGCGCGGGGCCUCGAGGGCGGGGAGAAGGGUAAUAAUAACUGCACUGAUAGCACUAAUAGCGGCGGCGGCGGCGGCGCAAAGGUUGACGCCGUGACGAUGGGGGUGAAGCAGGAGCCUGCCGAGGCGUGCAUGAUGCGCCCGUUCUCCCCACGCGCGCUGAUUUUGGUCAGCAGCUUCAACGAGGCCCAGCGCUGCGGUCGGUGGCUGCAAGACGUCUUCACGGCGGCCGCGUUUGCGCCCAUGACGUUUCGGCGGGGAACGGCGGAUCUUGUGCCGUUGCCCGCCCUGCAGGGGAGGCCGUGCGGCCAGGCGGACGCCGCGCCGCAGGAGGCAGGGGCCCCACCGCCGUCGUGGCUGCCACCGCCACCGCCGCCACCGCCGCCAUCGCCACAGGAGCAGCAGCAGACGGAAGAGGCCCAGCCGCACCGCCCACGCGAGGAGCGGCAGGAGGAGCGGCGCGAGUUGCGCAAGCGGAGCCGUGACCAUUCGCGUGGUCGCCAUCACCGUCGGUCCGGGCGCUCGCCGGCCGCGCAGGAGCGGGCGCGGAGUCGUCGUGGGCGACGGCAUCGCAGCUCCUCGCGCCGCACCUCCCGAGAGGGACGACACCGUCGGAGCCGCAGCCGCGACCGUCGCCGCGCGAAGAGGCGGCGCAGCAGCGGGCGCCACCACCGGCAUCGCAGCGGCAGCACCACCACCAGCAGCAGCAGCAGCAGAAGCGGCAGGCACGACAGGAAGAGGCGGAGGCGCGAGCACAGUCGGCCUCGCCAUAGCCAUCGCCACGACGACCAUCAUUGCGAGGAUUGGCCCCACGAAUUGCCGCAGUGUGAGGCCCGCGUUGAGCGGCUCCCUCUUCCCUCUUUGGAGCGCUCGGGUGCGGCCACGGCGCCUGCUCCCGCCGCGACGCACGAUGCCUCGGCGGCGGUGACGCCCCGUGACGAGGUUCCACGCUUCCUGCAGCAGCGGCUGCCCGUUCUCAUAGCGACGCACCAGUCUCUGGUGGAGGCUUUGCAGCUGGUGCAGGGCCAGGCGGAGGUGCUGCCGUUGGAGUGUGUUCGGAUUGUGUGCAUUAGCGACGCCGACCGCGUGGCGCAGCCCACUUCCCAGACGGUGGUCCCCAUGUCGUGGUGGAUUUCCCUGUCGAACGCGGUCGAUGUGGAGUGUCAGUACAUCGUGUCAGCCGCCCGCAUGUACGACGAGGUCGACGGGUGGCUGCAGGAGUCACUGCUCCAGGGCACCCCUGACGCGGUGAACCGCUACCGGCAACGCGACGACACGGUGUGGGACGGUGUGCAGCACAUACUUGAGGAGGUGACCGUGGACGAGGCCGAAGAGCACGCCGGGCAGCACAUGUUUGAGCGUGUUGAGGCGGCGAAGCUGCGUCGCCUUCUGGGCCUUGUCACGCGGCACUUCCGUGCGUCGCAUGUCAACGGCGUGGAGCACUCGGAUGUGGCGGAUGCCCACCAUCAUGCGCGUGGCGCCGCAGCGACUUCUUCUGCGGCGCCGUUUGCGUCGUCGGUGGGCCGCAUGGUCGUGGUGGUCUCGUCGCGGAAGGAGCAGGACGCGGUGUUUCCGCAGCUGCUGGCCGCGCUGCGGGAGCGUGACGCGCGGCUCCGCUGCACCUGCCAGCUGGCGGACUUUCAGCGGGGCGCGGCCGACGUGCUGGUGGCGUACGACUGGAUGUUGUGCGUGGCCGGCGACGGGGGCGACGCGACGCCCCGCCCCGUGGAAGUUGUCGUCAACUUCGGCUUCCCGCGUGCGUUGAUGGCGCCGGGGAGGGAGGGGAGCCUCCUGGAGUGCCUCGAGAUCCGCACCCGCACGCUGCUGCGCCCCACCGCCGCGGACGCCGCGCAGGCGAGUGACGGCACGACGGCUGCCUUCUUUGCGCAGGACGCCGCGCCCGCGCGGGCGCAGCCGACGGUGGUGACGCUCCUGACAGAGCGCCAACUGCACGGACGGUUUGGGCGGCUUCUGACAUCGCGUGCCCAGGCGCUUGCGUCGAUGUGA